AUGACUCUCGAAGAUGACUUAUUCUUUGACUCCGACUUGAGCUCCCUCUCCGACGACUCAGACCUCGACGAGCUUGAACCGGAGGAAGAGCCCGCGCCGCCACCGACAGCCAGCUCGUCCAAAACGCCCGCGAAAAAGGCUACACCUGCGAAGAAGGCGACGCCGGCGAAGCCAAAGCAGAAGCCGGCGAAGACGACAUACGUUGUACAGGACUGUCUACGUCCGCCGCGAAAUACGCAGUUGUCCGUCAGGUCUUUGCAUGAGCAAAUCACCAAUGGGACUGUAGACUUGGAUCCCGACUAUCAGCGAGAUGUCGUAUGGUCCGAGUCAAAGCAGGUCGGAAUCAUAGACUCCAUCUUUCGCAACUUCUACGUGCCGCCGGUCAUAUUCGCUGUAUCCUUCGCGGAUGAUGGGACAGAGACCAAGACAUGUAUAGACGGGAAACAGCGUCUCACCAGUAUACGGAAAUUUGUCGAUGGCCUGAUACCACACAGGGACUCAAUCACUGGGAAGAAGUACUGGUAUAAAAAGACGUCCAAUAGUACCGGAGUCCAGCUUCCGAAAGUCAUGCAGCAACUGUUCGAUAACAAACAGAUCACAUGUAUGGAAUAUGACCAGCUUUCAGGUGAUCAAGAGCGCGAAAUAUUCCAGCGGGUGCAACUGGGAGUCGCUCUUACGCCUGCAGAGCGCAUGCAGGCCAUCACAGGUCCGCGGGCCAACUUUAUUCGCAGAAUGAUGGAAGAUGCGCUCGGCUCAGAUGGUUUUGGGGCGGCCUUGGACUGGGGUCGGGCUAGAGGGCGCGAUUUCCAGGGUCUUGCCUCUAUCAUUUACUUAAUUAAUCAUCUUCCGGCAUAUAAGACACCCGCAUCCAUGACGAUGGAGACCUGGCUCAACAAGCAAGAACCCAUUCCGGAGAGGACGCAAGAUGACAUCGAGUCUACGCUCAAGAUCUUUCGUGCCCUCACAACCGACUCCAAACUGAACAAGGUCUUUCACAAACCUGUGCGGGUCUCACCGGUCGAGUUCGUGUUCAUUGGCAUUCUCGUGCACAAACACAAGGCCACCAUGUCGUUGACACAACUCUCCAACGCUAUCGACGCCAUGCGUGCAGACGUUCGCAAAGCCUUCAGCGACAUACGUACGAAUGGCAAGGUAUCGAAGCGCUUAUUCACCUUCAUCGAGAACAAGAUUCCCAAAUCCACGUAUAAGGGCGAUGGGAAAGGCGAUCAGCCGGCUUCCAAGGCUGUUCCAUUGGUGAAGGCUCCGCCGAAGAAGCGAAAGCGCGCGAUCGAGUCUUCAUCAGAAUCGGAGGAUUCGUCUUCAGAGGAGGAGUACCUGACCAAGGCUAAGACGAAUGGGAAGUCUAAGGCUUCGACCUCCAAUGGCAAUGGGACGUCUCGUGCUGCCGCAUCAAGGUCUUCUGCUGCCUCUACCUCGAAAGCGUCCGCAAGUGUCAAGAAGGAGUCGCCUGCGCCUGCGGCCAAGUCUGCCAAGAAGCCGAAGGUCGAUGCUCCCGUAUUCGCUGCGUCGAGUAAACCUGGUCGUAUCAACACCGCGUUGACUGGCCCGUCAACCGCAUCGUCUCUCAAGAAGUCCGCUUCGUCCGUCAAGAACGAGCCCGAAUCUCCGAUUGUGGCCACCAGCUCGUUUACGAAACCAGGUCCUGCGUCAAGUAAGCGUGCGGCGGCUGCGAGGGCAGAGCAGGCACGUGCCAAUGAAGCAAUGAAGCAGAGCGAGUCGCCCUCCAGCUCCGUUCCGAACACGCCCGUCGCGCAACAACCUGCAAUGCCCCCUCAGAUACCAGGCGUUACCGAUCCCAUGGCGAUGAUGAAGUUCCUCAUGGAGUCGGGAUUCCUUCCAACAGCGAUGGCGAACGGCAUGCAAGCAAUGGGUACUCAGCCUAACUUCAUGAACGGUGGUGCGCCAUUCUCGCAGCCAAACGGUCAGCCAGGGAUUCUCAAUGGGCCUGCGUCUGGAGGCAUGCAGCCCCCACAACAAGGCAUACCGCCGUUCGCGCCCAACGCUUCACAGCCGCAGGCCGCCGCGCCGCCCUCCGGUCCAUCUGCAUCUCAACCUCCGCGCAGUCGCAACGCGCCCUCUUCCACCGCCGCUGCACGCCCACCUUCGUCGAACCCCCCUCCCUUGGGACCCUCCGCAUCAGCUCCGUCUGUCAUGCACGCGCGUGGUCGACAAGCUUCUCCGCCAAGAAUGCCGGCGAGCAUGAUGGCAGCUCGAAAGCCCUCGAUCCCAAGCAACUUGCCACCGAAACCCCCGACUGCGCCACGGCUGCCGCCAGAUGAUGUCCUAUCGGGCUCCCCGGAGAUCUCGCGUCGACCGUCGAACACCUCUUUCCCCUCGUCGACUUCGUACCCUCAGCCUCCAUAUCCUUCGUCGACUUCCCCUACAAACUCCUCGUUCUCCGGACGCGGUGGCUAUGAUCACGGGAACUGGGAUCGCGGUCAUGAUCGCGAUCGUGACUAUUACCAGGAUCGCGGUGGAGGUAGUGGUCGAUACGAUUCUCGACCAAACUCGUAUCGCGACGAGAGGAGAGGGAGUGGGACGUAUGGUUAUCGAAGUGAUUAUAGCCGAGACUCGGGCUGGCGUUGA